AUGAGCGUCGAUCGUCUCGCUGAAUUAAACCGCCCUGCUCCUGCACAUCAGCCUGGUCGUUAUGAGAUGCGACCUCUGUUAUCGACGCAGUCGGACGUGAAUUCCAUGGACGGGUUCUUGAAUGAGGUGUCGCAUAUCCAAGAAACGGUUCGAGCCAUCAAUGAAAAUAUCACGCGUAUCCAAGGGUAUCAGUCGAGUAUGUUGCAGGCUGCUGAUGCUCGAGAGGAAGCACGCAUCAGGUCCAAUCUUGACGACAUGACCAAUGAAACGCAACAAAUGAUGACGCAUGUGAAGCAAAAGAUAAAAGAGAUUGAGCCAACUUCGCGCCAUUCAGACCUGGCGAUUCGCAAGAACCAGUUUUCAAACGUGACCAAGUCGUUUUUGGAUACCAUUUCUCGACACCGACAAGUGGCUGUUGAUUUCCAGAAAGCCGAAUCACGUCAAUAUGAACGCCAAAUCCGUAUUGCCAACCCGAACGCAACACCAGAUGAAAUCAAUCAAGCCAUCUCACAAGCUGAAGAAGGUAGACCUGCUGUAUUUGCACAACAGCUGAUGCAGAGUAUGACAAAUGAACAACGUCGAUAUGAUGGUCAACAAACAUUGGAUGCGGUUCAGGAACGCCAUGAAGACAUUCGCCGACUAGCAAAAAGUGUGGAAGAACUAUCAGCAUUGUUUGAGGAGAUGCAAUUCCUUUUAGAAAACCAAGCCAAGGUACUGGAGACAAUCGAGGAAUCUUCUUACCAGAUCGUGGGUGAUCUUGAAAAAGGACAUCAGGACGUUGGAAAAGCUGUCUACACUGCCAAACUUACACGCAAAAAGAAAUGGAUCUGCUUUGGUAUCUUUAUGGUGAUCGUUAUCAUUGUCGUUAUCGUCGUGGCUGUGCAGGUUACUAGCCAUUCCGGUGGUGGUGGUGGUGGCGGCGGCGGUGAUAAUGGUGGCGGUUCGCAGUGA